UCCGAAUUGUGCCGAACCGACACGAAAUGAAAUAUCUGACCAAGCGACAGCGUACAAGAAGGGUGCAACUAUUCAAUCGAUUUGGAAAGAUCUCUUAUCCGAUCAGCACAGAGGGACUCAACGUCAACGUCGAUUUGGACUUGUGCAGUAAAAUAGAGUCCAACGAUUUGGAGACAACGUCCUCCAAUAAGAAGCAGUUGAUAUUGACGACAAAGACCAUCGCCAACGGCGUCUACAAGUCCAAGCAUUACCACCAACUCCAGCAGCAGCAGCUACCGCAACAGCCCCCCGACGGGACGACUUGCCAUCAGCGAGGCUUUCAAUUUAGAUUUGGCUCGAGCAGUUUCUCUCAGUAUUUUGAUCGGGAUCCGGAGCGUUAUCAAAAGCAGCGCGAGACACUAACGCUAGGCAGCUUCAUGAGUCCUGAGGCUUGGAGACAGCUUCUUGGUGAGCAUCGGGAGCAUCGCCUGAAGACACCAAUGAGCAGACCACAAAACUCAGCAGCCGUUUCCACCAACCAUUUCAAGUUUUCACAACUGGCAAAAGGGCCAACAAUGUCGGAGGCAGGAUGUGCCAAUCCAUGA